AUGGGGCUGUCGACAUUUGUUUCGGCGUCCCUAUUGGCGCUUCAGCUCUUUUCUCUACCUUCACUGGCUGUGCCCUCGCCUAACCCGGGUAUCAAAGCGGAAAUUUCAGCAGCUGCUUCCUAUUCCAACUGGUGGUUUGCAGAUAUCAAGCGCCAGGGUGCGGCAGCCUUUGGUGCCGCGGGCCACAAGGUUUACCGUAAUGUGAAGGAUUACGGUGCCAAGGGUGAUGGAAGCUCCGAUGAUACCGUCGCCAUCAACAACGCCAUUGCUGACGGCCAGCGCUGUGGUUAUGGCUGCGACUCCAGCACCACGACCCCUGCGAUUGUCUACUUCCCUCCUGGUACCUAUGUUGUGUCUAAGCCUAUCAUCCAACUAUACUACACCCAACUGGUGGGUGAUGUUGUCAACGUGCCUACUAUCAAGGCUGCAGCCAACUUUGCCGGUAUUGCCGUCAUCGACUCCGACCCUUACGAUAACAAUGGAAACAACUGGUACAUCAACCAGAACAACUUCUUCCGCCAAAUUCGAAACUUCAAAAUUGAUCUCACCGGUCUUCCCAAGACCACUGGCACAGGUAUCCAUUGGCAGGUUGCCCAAGCCACCUCGCUGCAAAACAUUGUCUUCAACAUGAUUCAAGACAAGUCUGCAGACAACAAGCAGCAGGGUAUCUUCAUGGACAAUGGCUCAGGUGGUUUCAUGUCGGAUCUUACUUUCAACGGCGGUAGCCUUGGGGCUUUCCUCGGCAACCAGCAGUUCACCACUCGCAACCUUAAAUUCAACAACUGCAACACUGCCAUCUACAUGAACUGGAACUGGGUUUGGACAUUCCACGGUGUCUCCAUCAACAACUGCGGCGUCGGUAUCAACAUGGCCAACGGAGGCAACGUUCAGACGGUCGGCUCCAUCGUUGUUGCCGACAGCUCCAUCUCCAACACCCCUGUCGGCAUCAUUACUGCUUAUAACCCUGCUCAGUCUGGGACGAACGGCACGCUUGUCCUGGACAAUGUCGACAUGACCAACAACGUCCCUGUUGCCAUUCAGGGCGACAACAAGAAGACGAUCCUCGCUGGAAAUUCUUUAAUCAGCUCCUGGUCUCAAGGGCGAUCAUAUGCUGGCGCAUCCGGAAAAGCUCUACAGGGCCCCAGGGCCGCCGUACCCAAACCUGCUGCCCUCACUGACAGCACUGGCAAGAUCGUCACCAGGAGCAAGCCCCAGUACAACACUGUUCCGUCAUCAAAGUUCAUCUCUGUCAAGUCUCAGGGCGCCAAGGGUGAUGGAAAGACUGAUGACACUGCAGCAGUCCAGGCCGUUUUCAACAAGGCCACCGCCGAUCAAAUUGUCUACUUCGACCACGGCGCUUACCUCAUUACCAACACCGUCAAAGUUCCCAAGAAUAUCAAGGUUGUUGGCGAGAUCUGGGCACUCAUCCUUGCUGGCGGCAACAAAAACUUCAAGGACGAGGCCAAUCCUAAGCCAGUCUUCCAGGUUGGAAAUCCUGGAGACGUUGGCAACGUCGAGAUGCAAGAUCUCAUGUUUGAGACUCUGGGUCCCCAACCUGGCGCUAUUCUGAUGGAAUUCAACGUUGCUGGCCAAAGCAAGGGCUCCGCCGCCCUCUGGGAUGUGCACUUCCGCGUCGGUGGCAGUGCCGGUACCCAACUCCAGGUUGACAAGUGCAAGAAGACUCCCGAGGUCCCAACUCAGCCCAACCCCCAGUGCGUUGGCGCCUUCAUGCUGAUGCACGUUACCCCUGGCGCCAGCCCCUACUUCGAGAACACCUGGUUCUGGGUAGCCGACCACGAGCUCGACGUCCCAGGCAACACCCAGCUCAACAUCUACAAUGGUCGUGGCGUCCUCAUUGAGAGCACCAAGGGCGCAUGGUUGUGGGGGACCGCUUCCGAGCACAACCAGCUUUACAACUACCAACUCACCAAGGCUCAGAACGUCUACAUGGCUCUCAUCCAGACAGAGACUGCGUACAUGCAAGGAAACCCCGACGCCAAGGUUCCCUUCAAGGUCAACACCAAGUUCUCAGACCCCGACUUCUCCAAGUGCACCGGUCCUAAGUGUGCCCGCACCUGGGGUCUCCGAGUCCAAAACUCCAGCGGCAUCUACGUGUAUGGCGGCGGCUUGUACAGCUUCUUCGAUAACUACGCACAGGAAUGUGUCGCUGCCAACAACUGCCAGGACAAUAUGAUUUCUAUUGAGAGUUCCAAGGUGGAAUUGUUUGCCAUCAGCACCAAGGCUAGUAUCUCCAUGGUGACCUUGAAUGGUAAGACGACAGCCAAGGACUCUGACAACCGCAACAACUUCUGUGCUGCGAUUGCUGCGUUUGAGUCAUCGUAG